GAUUAUACUCUCCUGAUAGUAUCAUUCUCUCGCCAACUGCACGUGAACCUAGUAAAUAUUUAACAAUAGUAUUAACACGUCCACUUGAGGAGUUAUUUGCAUCAUGUCUAAAUAUUGAGGAAAAAGAAGCGUGGGGUCUCAUUAAUAAAUGGUAUAAUAAAGUUGUUAAAUCUCCACAGAUCCAGCGAACACGGGAUACUGAUAACGAAGAAA